GCCGGCCUCGUCAAGGACCAUUCCGAGCUGCCAAGGGCACUCACGGCACCUGCGGCAGUAGCUGCGGGCACCAGCGCUCGGCAGUACCUGCCCCAGUACCCGCUCUGGUGCCCACCCCGCUCCCCCUCGGGCCCCAGGGCAGAUGUGGGAGCCUUUGGCACGGAGCCCCAGCAGCGUGUGAGCACCGUCCCUGCCAUGGCCUGGCUGGGGGAUGCUGGACGGGACACCCCAGAUGAAGGAAGGGGCCACGCAGACCCAGACGCCACAGUGGGAAAUGCCAGCGCAGAGCCCCCCAGCAUCGUGCCCUCCGAGCGGGGCUGUGCCUGGAGCCCCCCUGACGAGAGCGGCGAGGAGCCCCUGCGCCUGCCCACCUUCUCCCCCGCCGCCCAGGUGCGCGUGGCGGUCACCUUCGCCCUCUUUGCCCUCUCUGCCGGCUGCAACCUGGCCGUGCUGCGGGUGGCGGGGGGCCGGGGGGGCAGCCGGCGCCCCCACAUCCGCCUGCUGCUGCGGCACCUGGCUGCUGCCGACCUGCUGGUGACGGUGGCGGUGAUGCCGCUGGACGCCAUCUGGAACAUCACGCUGCAGUGGCGGGCGGGCGACCUGGCCUGCCGCCUGCUCAUGUACCUGCGGCUGCUGGCCAUGUACGCCUCCGCCUUCGUCACCGUGGUCAUCAGCCUGGACCGGCAGGCCGCCAUCCUGCGCCCGCUGGCCAUCGCCCGCGCCCGCGCCCGCAACCGCGCCAUGCUGCGCGUCGCCUGGAUCCUCAGCGCGGGGCUGGCGGUGCCACAGCUGUUCCUGUUCCGCACAGUCACCCUGCGCCCCCCCCACAACUUCACCCAGUGCACCACACGUGGCAGCUUCCCCCAGCCCUGGCACGAGACCCUCUACAACAUGGUGGGCUUCGUCUGCCUCUUCCUGCUGCCGCUGCUCAUCAUGGUCUGCUGCUACAUCCGCAUCCUGCUGGAGAUCUCCCGCCGGAUGGGCUCCGGCCUUUGCUGUGCCCCCCCAGUCUCCUCACGGGACGCGUCACUGCGGUGCUCCAGGAACAACAUCCCACGGGCCCGGCUGCGGAUGCUGCGGAUGAGCCUGGUCAUCGUCUCCUCCUUCAUCCUCUGCUGGACACCCUACUACCUGCUGGGGCUCUGGCACUGGUUCUGUCCCCAUGCUGUGGAGAAAAGGGUCUCGUCUGCCCUCACACACAUCCUCUUCAUCUUUGGCCUCUUCAAUGCGUGCCUGGACCCCAUCACCUACGGGCUCUUCACCAUCCCCCUCCGGGGAGGCUGGGGCUGCCCCUGUGGGCGCAGCCCCCCGACCCAGCCCCCCUCUCCAGCCACCGGCUCCUUCCACUGCUCAGCCUCCUCCCUGCCACCCAAGCGGGGAGUCCCGGGGGCGCGGGGGUCCCGGGGGGCUGCCGGGGAUGCCACCUGCCACAGCAGCUCCCUGUGAGACCAACACAACCCCUGGGGUGCUCAGGGCAGGGGGCCCAGCAGCAGGAUGGCCAGGCCAGCACGGGUCCAGCAGGGAUGGGGUCGCUGCCACUCUCUUCCUGCAUCCCAAAGCAUCUCUGCAGGCUCAAGGCUAGCAGGGGUGCCCCCCAUCCCCUCUCCCCUCUCUGUGCUCUGCACAGCAAUAAAGUGUCCCAUGGCCA